UUCUUUUUGGGAUCACCCAAAGUAUUUUUCUGUUCAAUAGAAAUGUGAAAAACCAGGAAUAAAAUGUUGCAUUUAUUUCAUACCAUCACGGCAAUUGGAAACGAUUGUUGAUAUAACAAGCAUUGUGUGAAGCAAAAGCACACAAUAUACUUACCGAAUUUGCAGGGCUUGGACAUUCACUAUUUUUCAACCUCGUAAAGUUUGUAUCAACUGAUAAUAUCUGUCAUGGAGUCUUAGUUGAUUUAGAGUAGUAUACAAUGAACCCAGUACAGCAGUAGAAUCUAUGGAUUGUGGUUAUCGCAAUACUAAUGCUAGAAGGGAAUGAUUUAUACUGCACUUAUCCGACGGCAGCGGAGAACUGCAGCACCAACAACCUUUCAGUUACUCGUGCAUAGUCAUUUAUAUACUGUCAUCAAUGUAAACCCACGUUACUUGGUAAACGAGAAUAAAACACAUAUAUCAAAGUGGAUAUGCAGUAUUAGCAGACCAAAAAAUUCUGAAAUUUCCCAAUCUUUGAACCCUCCAACACCUGCUUCUUCUGUUAGUUUAAAACCGUUUAAAUCACAGUCAUCUACAUUGCCCCCGCUCUAUGUUCCUAAAACCGAACUAGAAGUAAUAAGUCACACUAUGCAAACUACAGAGGAUGAACUGAUAAAUCAUGUCCAACUGCAGCCAAUAUUGACAUUCAAUUUCAAAGAAGUACAAGGACUUUUUCCAGAGCAAAUGGAAGUGUUACCAUCUGGAGUGAAGGAGUCAAAAAGAAAGAGAAGAAGGAAAAAGAGAGACUAUGGCAAAGAGACGAUUCUUCCAGGGAAUCUUUUGCAUCAGGUGACAGAUCAAGUAAGAAAGAUGGUAGAGAAUGGACAAAUGGAAUCAUUUGGUGCUACAUCCAGUUCAAGUUGUAAGAAGAUAUCACCAAAAAUGUCGGAUCAUUUGGAUUUUACAGAAAGUUUUGCUAAAAGUGACUUGGAUGUUGAUGCUGAGGAAUAUUUAACAGAGUUACCAUUUGCAUGCACUGAUAAUGUCCUAGAGUCUCAGCCAGAGGAGGAUGAUGCAUGUUUAGUUGAUGUUGGUGAUUUAAUGACAGGUAUACUAGACAGGAAAUAUGAAUUUUAUCAGAAAAAGGAAUUACAGAAAGCAAAGAAAAAGAAAGCACAGAAGAGGAAGCAAGCUAGUGGGAAAAGAGAAGAGAAUGAGGGGGAAGCAGAUGAAAAGAAACCCAGAAGAAAGCCUCCCAACUAUUUUGUAGCCAUACAGAUGAGUAAUCAAAAGAUUCAUAGUGCUCUUAAGGAAGUCCAGAAGACAAUACUCCAAAAAGACAAGAAUAUAUCUCCUGCAUUCAUACCAAUCCCCACUCUUCAUCUCACCAUGAUAGUGCUUAGACUGGAUGAGGAAGAGGAGAUGCAGAGAGCAAAAUCAGCCUUGGAGAAGUGCCGCAUUCAGCUGGAUACUCAAUUCAAAGGCCAACCCCUGGACAUUGAACUAACUGGUUUAGGUCACUUCAAGAAGGAGGUCCUCUUUGCCAUGGUCAAACCUGGCCAGGAGGCUGACCAACUGACCAGUAUAGCAGAGUGUGUAGAAAAGUGUUACGAGGAACAUGAGCUGUAUGGAGAUGGGAAAGACUUUAAACCACAUGUGACAGUCAUGAAGUUAUCCAGGGCGCCCAGUCUGAGAAAGAAAGGUAUCCGCAGCAUUGCUUCAGAUUUAUAUGAAGACUACAAGGAUACUGCAUUUGGAGUGCAGAGAGUAGAGGGCCUACAACUUUGUGCUAUGCUCAAACAAAAAGAUGAGACGGGUUAUUACCAUGUGGAGCAUUCUGUUUCCUUUGGCACUGGUACUGAUAACACAAAAGAUUUAGGCACAGAAAUGAUGCAGGAAACCUCUGUUGAACCUAUUAAACAAUUACAGGAAGAAAUUACAAAGCAUGGUGAUUAUGUAAAUGGUAAAGAUACAGAAACUGAAAGGAAACAUGAAAAUUGUGUUGCAGUUGACAAACAAACACAUGAAGCAAUUUUGCAGUGUGAUACAGACGAUAAGCAAGUCGUCACUGAAACUGGUGGAUACUUUGAUUCUUCUGAAAGGCAGCUGUUGGAGAAAGAUAUAGGUGACUGUCAAUCUAAUUUUAAAACUGAAAAUGUACACCAGAGCUCAGAAACAAUUAUAAAAUAAUAACAAAUGAAUUUGCUUGUGAUAAAUAUCUCUGAAAUUUAAAGCACAAUAAUAUGGCAGUCACGAGGGCACCUGUGUUACAUGUGCAUGAAAGGCACUAAUGGAAGCAAUAAGCAGAAUUUUAAGCGGCUAGCUUUUGGUAAAAAUGGUGCUUUAAUUCGAUUUUAUCUUGUUAAAAUAUUCAAUAUUAGACGUUUGACUGAAAUGAGAGAGAGGAAGGAUUAAUUAAGAUGUUGGCACACAUUAAGGAGUUUACUGUGUACAUAUUGCAAUUAAAUUGUCACAUAAAAGUUAUUUUGUUGAUACGCUUUGAUUUGUGAUAGAGCCACCAUUACACUAUCUG